AUGGGUAGUGGAAAUCACUCCAUGGUGACUGAGUUUCUCCUGUUGGGGUUAACUGAGGAGCCAGCGCUUCAGCUGCCGCUUUUCUGUCUCUUCUUGGCGAUCUACAUAGUCACUCUGGUGGGAAAUCUUGGCAUGAUUGCGGUCAUCAAGCUGAAUUCUCAACUUCAUACCCCCAUGUACUAUUUUCUCAGUAGUUUGUCGUUUUUAGAUUUCUGCUACUCUUCUGUUGUUACCCCCAAAAUGCUGGUGGGGUUUUUCAGCAGGGAUAAAGCUAUCUCUUAUUCUGAUUGUAUGGCUCAGCUGUUCUUCUUCUGUAUUUUUGCCAUUUCUGAAUGCUACAUGUUGGCAGCCAUGGCCUAUGACCGUUAUGUGGCCAUCUGCAGUCCUCUGCUCUAUGCUGUCAUCAUGUCCCCUCGGGUCUGCUCUCUCCUGGUGGCUGCUGUCUUUUCAGUGGGCAUAACUGAUGCUCUCAUUCAUGGGGGCUGCAUAGUAAGGUUAUCGUUCUGCAAAUCCAACAUCAUUAAACAUUAUUUCUGUGACAUUGUCCCUCUUAUUCAACUGUCCUGCUCCAGCACUUACGUUGAUGAGCUUCUGAUUUUUGUCAUUGGUGGAUUUAACAUGGUAGCCACCAGCCUGACCAUCAUCAUAUCGUAUGGGUUUAUCCUGACCAGUAUCCUCCGCAUCCACUCUAAAGAGGGCAGGUCCAAAGCCUUCAGCACCUGCAGCUCCCACCUCACAGCUGUUCUUAUAUUUUAUGGAUCACUCAUGUCUAUGUAUCUGAAACCCACCUCAAAUGGGUUACUCAUCCAUGAGCAGGUGACCUCAGUGUUUUAUACCACAGUGAUUCCUAUGUUAAAUCCACUGAUAUACAGUUUGAGGAACAAGGAAGUAAAAAAUGCACUGGUAAAGCUUGUGAGAAAAAAAAAUAUCUUCAUAAUAAAUUGUGAGGAAGACAGUGAUGAGGAGUCAUGGCUGAUGUCACAGCUUUGUUUCAUGAGUCACCUGGAGCACUGUGGUGGGGAGAGACUGCAGCAUGGUUCCUUCAGAAGCACUUCUUUAUCUGUUUGCACUGACGAACACAACAUCUGCUUGCCAUGUGGAACCAUUAGAACACUUGAAACAUGGCUGGCACAAUGA